GACUUACUGUGUCAGAUUCUGGUAAGCAUGUGAUGCCACAGGAAUUGCAAGAAACAUUACAGGCAAAUGUGUCAAGACAACUCCAGUCUGAGCAGUUUACUAGUUCAGAUAAAGACCAACCUUUGUUUCAGGAGAAAGGGCCCAAUGAAGGAUCUGACUUGCAGGCAGAGCACUCAGCAUCUGAGUUAGAAUCCAAACUGCUUACUGUUGUUGAUAACAGUGAGCAAUUACUGCAGGACAGAUCGCAACCUGAGAAACACAUUUCGCCAGAUGACUUAUCAUCAAGCUUAGAAUCCAUACAAUUUAUUGUUACCAAUGGUGGUGCAGCUAACCCACAAGAACAUUCUUUCUAUCCACACAAAAAGUCAGAAGAACACAGGACAGGAUCAGAAACAAAUUCUGCCGCUAUAGAGCCUUUGUCACAGGAAGGAAUAAUUGAAUCAGAAGUCAGUGUUCCAACAGAAGAUGCUGGUAAACAAAACAGUUUACAACAAUCUAUGGAACAUGAAUCUUUGGCAGGUCUCCAUGAGUUGGUGGAUGCCAUGGUUUCUGAGAAUAUGCAUUUUCUAGGAAAGGAUUUUGUUAGUGAUGAUGACACUGAAUUUAAAGACCAAACGCCAGAACCGCUUGUUGAAGCUGCGCCAGAAAACCACAGUUACAGCAAGACUGAUACCGAUUACCUAAGUGAAAAAGCAACCCAGCCACCCACACAUUCUGCUUCCACACAUCUGGGGAAAGACAAUUUAGAAAAUCAUCCUGAAAAGCCUCAUGAAAAUGAAGACAUUGGAAAAUCAGAUGUAGAUGCCGCCAGUGAAAAUGUUAACAGAAUUAUUUCAGCAAGCGAAGAGAUUGACCCUGGCAAUGUGGCUGAUCGAGCAACACCAACAUCAAUAGACGCUGAACCCAAAGACCACCAAGCCGCCUGGACAUUUAGUUAUUUUUUGGAGAAAUCCAAACACCAGCUUGAGAAACUAAGCGGAACAGGUCCAACGUCUGAAAGUACUGAUUUGUUCAGUGAUCUUACAUUGCUGAUGAAACAAAUGACCAUUGAACAGAUUCAGUAUUUGGAAAAGUGCCUUGGAAAAACCAAGCUGUCUUGGCUCGAAAACAUUUUUGCCCAGUUGGAGAACGAGACGAGCAGCGAUGGUUACAAUGACAUUAUGCGAGAAAUAGUCACUUUUGAAGAUAGUGUUCUGAAACACAAAGACACGAUGUGUAGAGUAAAAGGUGAAGAUCCCGAGGAUAGGACGGUGGAAAGGCAAUACACUGAACUCACAGAUGCAUUUCAAAAUCUGCAAGAUAUUCUAGCUGCCAUCAAAAUGAAAUACACCACAAACGUCUCUAAUCCAAGCACCAAAGACACUUACAGUUCAGGAGACAUUUCUGACACUGGUCUUCAUAACAGCAAACAGAAAUUAAAAAAAGUUGAGGAUGAUUGGAUGUGGCAAGAUGUGCAGCUCACUAAAGAGGCACAAGACAUUAAUUCUGAAUUAGCAAAAAGGCAAGAGCUGGACAUCCAUACCCUUAAACAGUCAAUGGAUCAGGAGAAAGUAACUAUCAGUGAUGACAUUCAGGAACGUACAUUGGAAAAUCAAUUUUAUCAGGAUGCACACAACAUAAACCAAGAGAGCAACAUUCUUGAUAAGACAGACCAAGCAGUUGUUAACACACAAGACAAUCAAAUGCUCUCACAAGACUUCAGUGAAGAACUUGGAAAAGAACCAAAAACUACAAAUGUGAUAGAUGGAAUGGGAGCUGUCCAUGUUAAUGAACAGAAGAGAAAUCCUGAGAUAAAUACCAUCCACACACUGGGCAAGAAGCUUGAUGUUUGCGUACAAUUUAUCUUGGCAUUCAUUGACCAUUUCAUCGAAAAUAUCGGAAGCAGAAGGUACCUUGUGAGAGAGAGAAGGCUUGCUGCAAAGGUUGCUGAGUUGCUUGAUGAAAAAUGCAAAGUUCUGGAAACAUUAAGUGACUGUGAACAAAAGUACAACAACAUUGAAUCUUCUUUAAAGAACUUUACUGACGGCAAAGAGACAGCAGAAACAAGGACCCUGAAUCUUCAGGACACAUAUGCCAAGUUGGACAAGUCCAAUGGCAAUCUUAGACAAGCCGUUGAACAGUUCACACAAGAGUUAGAGACCGAGAAACGUACAAGAAUUGAACAUGAUAGUCUGAUUACAGAAAUUCAGACAAAUUUAAAUGCCUUGGAAACUGAAGCACAUGGUCUCAAAAUCCAAGUUGAAGAGGCUAAAAGUGAAUUGAAAGGAAUUCAGAGUAAUGACACAAGACGUCAGGAAUCCUUGCAAGCUGCAAAAGAGGAGAAUUAUCACCUCAAACAAAGUAAAGAGCAGCUCUUGCAAGAAGCAGAAGGGUGGGGUGAACGGCAUAGUGAACUCACAGAACAAAUUAAGUUAUGCGCGAAAUCUCAGAAGGACAUGAAGGAGAUUCUUGAGAAUAAAGAUAACCAGGUGAAGUCUCUAACCGACUGCCUUCUGAAAUUGAGGGUGUGGAACUCAGAGGAAGGGGAUAAUCCCACAGAAGGUAACGGAUGGGACAAAGCGGAGAAUAAAACUGAAAAUGGGGAGCAAUCGGCAGAGAUAACAGAAGAAGAACAGAAGCAAAAGAUUGAGAAAUUAAUUUUUGUUGCUAAGUUAAAUGCCAGCUUGAAGUCAGUGGAAGAAGAAAGAAACCAUAUUCAUAGCAGACUGUCUGAUGAAAUCAAAGCGAAGCAAGAGCUGACAGAACGAAUUGAAAAACUUCAGCUGGAACAGAGCUCUGUACAGAGCGAAAAAUCUCAUUUUCAAGGAGAUCAUAAAACCCUCCAACAAAAGCUGAAACUCAUGACUGAAAUGUACCACGAGAAAGAAAUGGAGCUUCAAAGAAAGGUAACUCUGGAAGAAAAUCAACGUGUACAGAAGGAAGAAAAGCUUUCUGAAGCUGAUCAGAAGUUCAGUCAGGCGGCUGAAGAACUCAGCUGCUACAGACAGCGUUCUAAAGACCUCGAAGAAGAAUUAGUUAAAACUAUUCAAUGUUAUAAAAACCAGAUUGCGUCUCAUGAGAAAAAAGCGCAUGAUAAUUGGUUGUCAGCUCGUGAAGCUGAUCGAGAGCACGGAAACAUUAAAAGAGAGAACAUCCACCUUCGACAAAAGAUAACUGAAGCUGAAUUCACAAUGGAUUUGGCACUGAAGGAACCAUUUAUUAACAAUGUACCUGGGAGGCCAGCAUUACUAAGUCCAUCAUUUGCUCCACAGUACAGAGGAGGAAGCUCUCCGUAUGGUCUUUCCCUAGUGGAUCGGCCUUCCCCUGAACCCGGAGGUUUUCUGUCGCCUGCAUUUCUGGACGGACCCUUAAGAUUUUCACCGCUGUUCCCCGGAAGACCAGACUUUAGAACAAAAGGUCCAACAGUCAAUCCAGAUCAACCUGGUAAUGAAAAUAUGGAUUCAGCUUCUGACCGAAUGUCUGACCACCACGGUCCACAGUCUGAUAGUGGAUCCCUGUCCCCUACAUGGGAAAGAGAACGGAGGCUAAUUGGAGCAUCACCAGGGAAUGCUUAUAAUGAAUCUUAUGACCGAGCACCAGAAAGAGGUUACCAUACAUCUUCAGGAAGAUUUUGUGGACCAGCAGAAUUGCACAGAAAUGCUCUAGAUAGACCAGAUGGUCGUCCACAGAUGGAAAUUAGAGAAAUUUCCGAUUCUUCUGUAGAAAAUCAAUUCCAGGGACGUGGAAUGCUCAAUGCAUCAAACCAGCCUCUCCGUGCUGAAGCCGAGUUUGGAGCUAGACCUGUUUUUGCACCCAUCUCUCCGAUGCGAAACCCCCCUUUGGCUGUUGAUCCAAGAAGUCACAUUCCACACAAGGUUCCAUUACUUCCUCCACGGUGUGGAGUUUAUGGGCCUCCAGAACAUUUUCCACCAAGGCCUUUUGGUUUUCCACCACAUCCGCCAAUAGGAAUGAGAAAUCCCCUACCACCAGGAGCAUACUUCCCACCAUCUCAACCUAGUUUUCUUCCGAAUAGACCAACCUCAGACAGUACAAGUGGCCUUCCUUUCCAGGUUCCUUCUCCCAGCUUGCCUCUUACAGAAGAGCAUCCACCACCAUCAGAAGAAAAAUGAAUGUCUGAUUGAGAAGAACUACAGACCGAAAUAUACUUGUGGUUGGUGAAAAAAGGUGCAAAAAUGAACAUUAAGGAUGCUAAGUACAAUUGAGAACAUUAUGCAUUAUUUUUAAUGCUGUUUAGCAAAGGUACUUUGUUGGUAGCAUUGAAUAUUUAGUGAUAACUUUCCACUAUGUAAUAAAGGCACAUGAGUUUUUUUUUAUAUGUACUGUUUGAUUAGAAGUACAGUAUACAUCUCAGGAGUCUUUCUUUGAAGUUUUAAAGAAAUAUACUUUUACUGUGCAAUAAUGUGAAGGUUAGCUUGCCAUAUUAGAGCAAGAUUUUACAAUGCACUAUUUUAUUUAAGGAUUUUCUGUUUCUUACCAGUGCAUUGCAGACAGAAUAUGUUCACUCUUAACAACACGGUUUUUACAGUAACAGUAUUUGAACUGGUGCCGUUCUUUGUAACUAGAAGAAAUGCUGUUUAUGUGCAUGUCCUAACUGGUGGUGUGUUUGUGCUUGGCUCCACUGAUAUAAAUUGAAGAUUCAUAGUCUUAAUAUAAAAGGAAUGUUUGAACAUUCAUGAAUAUGUAAAUCCAUUCAAUGUUAAAUAUAGGAAAAACCUUUAAUUUAGAUUUAAUUUCUCUCCUCUUCUGAAGGUGCCAACUCUUGCACUGGUUCCACUGACACUGGUAACCCUUUGGUAUUUUGUCCAAAUGGUCAUUUUUCAUGUGAGCCUAGGCAAUGAACAUUUUCAGGCUAUUCAUGAGUCAAAAGCUGAUUGUUCUCACUAGAUGUCAAAAGAUAAGCACUUUCCAGCAGGGCUCAUUCGAUAGAGAUCAGAGUCAGGGUGCACCCCACCCCCAGCUGUUUCUCCCUCCAAUUAACAUGACCCUCCUGCUGUUGCAGCUAACUGCACAGACCAAGGACUGAACCUACAACUUUCUGGUCUGUAUGGCUUGGUGUUACACAGGAUGUUGCCUUUACUAACUGUUAUUGGGGAGCCCAGAUGUUAGAUGUUUAACUCUAGAUGUGAAAUUGUUUACAAAACAUGAAGAUAUCUAUAUAUUACAAAUAAAGGUAGCCAACUAAUGGAUUUUAAAA